ACUACGCCGCUCGUUACGCACGGACACACUACGGGGGCCAAGGAAGGAAGAAAUGUGGGCGCGGGCGUUGUGGCUGGGCCUUCGGACCCCGCUGGGCGGGCCCCGGGGCUUCACCUCCAAGACAGAUCCUCAGGGCAGUGGCCGAAUCACGGCCGAGAUGAUCGAGCACCUGGAGCGUCUAGCACUUGUGGACUUCGGCAGCCGGGAGGCAGUAGCGCGGCUGGAGAAAGCCAUCGCCUUCGCCGACCGGCUACGCGCCGUGGACACCGACGGGGUGGAGCCCAUGGAGUCGGUCCUGGAGGACAGAUGUCUAUACCUGAGAUCCGACAAUGUAGUAGAAGGCAACUGUGCUGAUGAAUUACUACAAAACUCCCACCGUGUCGUGGAGGAGUACUUUGUGGCCCCUCCAGGUAACAUCCCUUUGCCAAAGCUGGAUGAACAAGAGCCAUUCCCACACAGCUGAGUAACUCCUUCUGGAAAGGGGGUACUCUGAACACGUGGAAGCACAAUGACAGUAUUUUCUUACUGUGAACACUAAUGUUCCUGCUUUUCUAAGUCACCUAAAAAAAUGGAUGCU